CGCUUUCUGGUUUACCAGGAAUUUAAAAUCCUGGGUCUAGUGUUGUAUUUUCAUAUAUGUGUUUGGAUAUAGUAAACACAGAUCAAAUCUUUAAAGGUGAAAUGGAAAAACAAAAUUUGAGAAUAGUAUUUGCCAGAGGAACAUCCAUUGAAAAACUUGCAAAUAUCAGUGUAGUGUUACGUUAUCAUAUUAAUGAUCACCUGUCAAAUUGGUUUAAACCGUUUUACUUGCAAGUAGAAAUAGCAAAGUGUUGUGGAACACACACGUGUGUUUCGGAUGUUAUAGAGAUACUACACAUUACAUAUUUAAAAAAAACUAAUGCAGCAAUACAAACUAAAUAUAAGUGUGUCCGUCAUCAAGCAUCAAUUUUCUACAUAGUUCAUCAUACAAUGAAUAAACGUGACAGAUAUAUUCUGAAACGGCACGUGGAAAACAUGAAUAUAAUCAAGGGAAUACAAAUGUUUCCUGAAAUGACAAACUGGAAAUGCUAUGCUUUCAACAGAUAUGUAAUCCCAUCAUUGCACCUGCUGACUAUUAAAAGUAAGCUUACGAAAUGUGGAGAAGCUGAACAUCAAGUUAAAACCAUAAUAAAGAAGAUACAUCUUAAUAAAAAAUUAAAAGAGACGCAUUCCAAGAAUUUUAUAAUACGGUGUAGUCGUUCAACCAAAUAUGUAUUACUAGUCAUUAUAGUGCUAUGGUAUGCAGCGAAAGCAAACAGUGCAGGUGAAGUAAUACAGUGGAAACUAAUGACUAAGCCUGUGUAUUUUGGAAAAAACGUUGUUCUCGAAUGCAUUAUACAUACAGAGGACAAAUCUGCCCCAAUGUUAUGGACUAAGCUACCAAAUGGGAAAACAUUAGCCUUCAACAAGAACUCAACAUAUAAUGACAAGUAUGCAGUUGAUGUUGAAUAUCAUGAGAGGAAAAUGAUAUACAAUCUAACUAUAAAACAUUUUAACUCAAGUGACGUUAAUCAAAUGUAUAAAUGUGAUUGCGGAUUUCACACCUAUUCAGACAAUCUUUUGCUAAAUGAAAACGAUUAUAUCUCUGAACCAUCAGUAGAACAUAUGAAGAACUUCAGCUUAGAUGACAGGAAGUUAAAUGGCAUUGUGAUGGUUUAUAAUAGUUAUCCAAAACCUUUGUGCUCCGGAAAAUUUGAGGGAGAGGAAAUUUCAAAGUUUAUGAAAAUAAGUAUCAAAAAUAUUUCAAUAUUCUACGAAACAAAGAUUGAACUUGACUACAGAACAGAUAUGUGUACAGGCACUAUCAAUGUGACAUGCAGUUAUGGUAAUCACACAGUGCUGAUCACUCAACUCAUUAAUGCUUGCUCAGAUUCACCAAAAUCAACCCAUACAACUGUACAGAUAAUGUUGACAACACUAGUAGCAAUGAUAAUUGUAUGUGCUUGUUUGUCACUCUAUUGUUAUCAAAGAUAUAAACAAAGAAGAAUUCGCAGAUUAAAUCAGAACAUACCAAACACGCCUAAUGCUGAUGAUUUAUUGUUAUCGACGAUAUAAACAAAGAAGAAUUAUCUGAUUAAAUCAGAACAAACCCAAUGCUGAUGCUCGAUUGUUAUCAAAAAUAUAAACAAAGAAGAAUUCUCAGAUUUAUUCCUCACAUGGCUAACACUGAUGCUUGUUUGCCGACUACUAGGCUGGUAAUAAUCUCGGGGAAUAAAAACUCGUCCUCUGUUGAAGAUACACCAUUUGUAUUUAAUGAAUACCAGGAUAACAAUAAUGACUUCUGCCUCAAUCCAUGAAAACUCAUAGAAAGCAUUUGGAGAGACCAUAAACUUAUAUCAUGAUUAUUUAAAUUUCGGUUUCAAAUUAUAGUAUUGAUUCUAAAACAAAACAAAAUAAACUAUUUAUGAAACAAAAAAAAUUAAAUCUAUAUAGAAUGUUUCCCCAGAAU